AAAAGCGGCCGCAGUGCUUCGUUACGUGUUGACACGCGUCGACCGUCCGAACCGCGGCCCGCGAACGCUAUUAUUAGUUGCACAAGCUAACACCAACACUAGCUACGCUAAUCGCUAGAAAAUAAACAAUUAACAAACAAUUAUCGCUUUGCGAGCGCACCAUAAAGCGUCAGGUGUCAUUUUUAUGAUUGCACCUUGAACAGUGAGAAUCAUCAGUCGGCUGAGUUGUUACGCGGAAAUUUGACGCAAUCCCGAGCGGAAAAUGCCGAAUAUAAUCAACGAAAUCAAGUUAGACUUUAAGGAUGUUCUCUUGCGCCCGAAACGCUCCACGCUUCGCAGCCGUAACGAUGUGAAUUUGUUCAGGUCAAUUACGUUCCGCAACUCCAAACGGACCUAUGAGGGAAUACCUGUCAUGGCGUCCAAUAUGGACACCGUGGGGACAUUCGAAAUGGUCAAGGCUUUAUCAAAACAUGGAUUAUUUACAACUGUACAUAAAUACUACACAGUAGAUGAGUGGAAAGCUUUCGCCGAGGGAAACGCUGAAUGUCUGAAGAAUCUCGCGUGUAGUUCCGGUAUGACCCCUGCGGAUUUCGAUAAACUGGGCGAAAUUCUGCGCGCUAUUCCUGAGAUUUCCUUUAUUUGUUUGGAUGUCGCCAAUGGCUACUCCCAGCACUUUGUUGAUUUUGUCCGGAAGGUUCGGGCGGCGUUCCCGACACAUACUAUAAUUGCUGGUAAUGUGGUGACUGGUGAAAUGGUAGAGGAAUUAAUUCUCUCUGGUGCGGAUAUUAUCAAAGUGGGAAUCGGUCCAGGAUCAGUGUGUACAACACGAUUGAAGACUGGUGUAGGUUAUCCUCAACUUUCGGCUGUUAUUGAAUGUGCUGAUGCUGCGCAUGGCCUUCAGGGACAUAUUAUUUCGGAUGGAGGGUGUACUUGUGCCGGCGAUGUAGCGAAAGCAUUCGGUGCAGGAGCGGAUUUUGUAAUGGCGGGUGGAAUGUUCGCCGGCCAUGAUCAAUGCGGUGGUGAGGUCACCGAACGGGACGGAAAGAAGUUCAAACUUUUCUACGGCAUGUCUUCCAAUACUGCUAUGCAAAAACACGCAGGUGGAGUGGCUGAAUAUCGUUCCUCCGAGGGUAAAACGGUCGAAAUUCCCUAUAAGGGUGAUGUCGAGGGCACCGUAUUGGAUAUCCUUGGUGGUUUGCGUAGCGCGUGCACAUAUACGGGUGCUGGCAAGUUGAAGGAAUUGCCCCGAAGGGCAACGUUCAUCCGUUGUACACAACAGGUGAAUACGAUCUACAGCUAAUGCGAUCUGCAUCUAUCAACUUCUAGGACAAUUUAAUCUAAAUGACGCCCUGAGCGUUAAGCAACUUAAUUUUUAUUAAAUGUCUUCGCAACAAAGUACGGUGCGAGCUUGUGUGCGGCGCACGAAUUCACGCACGAUUUAAUGCACGCACUUUAAAAUUGAAUUAACGGUUGACAUAUAUGCUGAACAUGAUGACUAAUGUUAUCCAAACUUGUUGACUUUGUGUUACAAAUACAUAGUAUAACAUUUGUA